GUGGCUGUGGAGGUCACCGUGCGCGUGUGGAGGCGCCGCCAUGUCUUGGAUCUUCGGUUUGAACAAGGGGAGCCAGCAGGGCUCCGGCGAUACCGGUUCGCCUUUACCGCCCAUACCACCCGCUUUACCCCCUGGUGGAGGUGGGAGCGAUGGCUCCGACCGCGAUCGAAACAAAGACAAAUGGACCAACUUCGACCCGACCGGCCUGGAACGCGCUGCCAAGGCGGCCCGGGACCUGGACUCAUCCCGUCACGCCAAGGAUGCGCUGGAUCUCUCCCGGUUACAAGAGCAAACCCUACAGAUGGAGCAUCAAAGCCGCAUCAAGGAAUAUGAAGCUGCUGUGGAGCAACUAAAAGGCGAUCAGAUCAAAGUACAGGGAGAAGAGAAGCGGAAAACACUGGCUGAAGAAACAAGGCAGCACCAGGCACGAGCUCAGUAUCAGGACAAACUAGCAAGACAACGCUAUGAUGACCAACUCCGCCAGCAGCAACUGUUGAACGAGGAGAACUUGAGGAAACAAGAGGAAUCUGUUCAUAAACAAGAAUCUAUGCGGAGAGCCACUAUUGAACAUGAGAUGGAGCUCCGACACAAGAAUGAGAUGCUUCGAAUUGAAGCUGAAGCCAAGGCCCGUGCCAAGGUUGAGCGAGAGAAUGCUGAUCUGAUCAGAGAACAGAUCCGGUUGAAAGCUGCAGAGCAUCGUCAGACUGUCCUUGAUUCCAUUAAGACAGCUGGUGCAGUGUUUGGGGAAGGAUUCCGUGCCUUCGUUUCUGACUGGGACAAAGUGACGGCUACAGUGGCUGGGCUCACACUGCUGGCUGUCGGUGUUUACUCUGCCAAGAAUGCAACAGGAGUUGCUGGGCGAUAUAUUGAGGCUCGGCUGGGAAAGCCUUCCCUGGUUCGGGACACCUCCCGCAUCACAUUAGUGGAAGCACUGAAGCACCCAAUCAAGGUUGGUAAACGUGUGAUGAGCAAGCCACAGGACGCACUUGAGGGAGUGGUGUUGAGUCCCAAAUUGGAGGAACGUGUCAGAGAUAUUGCCAUAGCAACCAGAAACACAAAAAGCAACAAAGGACUGUAUCGAAAUAUCCUAAUGUAUGGGCCUCCGGGUACGGGGAAAACCCUUUUUGCUAAGAAACUAGCUGUACAUUCCGGCAUGGAUUAUGCUAUUAUGACAGGUGGCGAUGUGGCUCCUAUGGGUCGUGAGGGUGUCACAGCCAUGCACAAAGUCUUUGACUGGGCAUCCACCAGCAGAAGAGGGCUUUUGCUGUUUGUGGAUGAGGCGGAUGCGUUCCUCCGAAAGAGAGCAACAGAAAAGAUUAGUGAAGACCUGAGAGCGACACUGAAUGCAUUCCUGUACCGAACGGGGGAGCAGAGUAACAAAUUUAUGCUGGUGUUGGCUAGUAAUCAACCAGAGCAGUUCGACUGGGCUAUCAAUGAUCGUAUUGAUGAAAUUGUUAACUUUGAUCUACCAGGACUUGAGGAGAGGGAGCGACUGGUCAGGCUAUAUUUUGACAAAUAUGUCCUGAAACCUGCCACAGAGGGAAAACAGCGCCUGAAAGUGGCACAAUUUGAAUAUGGCAAGAAAUGCUCUGAGCUUGCUAGGGUAACUGAAGGGAUGUCGGGCAGAGAGAUUUCCAAACUUGGAGUGGCCUGGCAGGCUGCAGCAUAUGCCUCCGAGGAUGGUGUUCUGACUGAGGCAAUGAUCGAUUCCAGGGUGACUGAUGCAAUUCGGCAGCACAAACAGAAAAUGGAGUGGCUGAAGAAUGAGGGCAGGGAGAAGACUAAAGACAUAGAGCAUCUUGUGCCACCCCUUCCAGAGGGCACACCGGUGUGAGGGUCCAGCAGAGCAGUGUCUGCAUCCAGCAGCUGGACUGAGAAUCCCUGAAUUGAACUGAACUGCACCAACGUAAAAUGUGCUUGAGCAUGCACUGUGCACAAUCUAGGGUUAUUCAUCUAUGACUUUCCAGUGGUACGAGCAGCUUUGCACAUGACUUCAACCCAGGCAGCAGUCAGUUGAUGCCCUGUUGGACCUCCAGCUUACACUAGUCAGACAGUAUUUGUCUGUACAUUGUGUAACCAGUAGGAAGCAGCUUGUUAAUGAGAGGAGACUUAAAAUGGCAUUUCUGUCAGUCUCAGUCUGUCACACCAGCUGUAGCAACUGUAUGUCCUGUGUCAUUCAUCCCUUGCAGCUGUUGUGUAUUCGAUGUAGACAACCUGACCUAGGAGGAGAGUAUGAUGGUGAAGUCUGUGCAGCUAAGUAUCAAUGUGUAGAAGAUGUUUUGCGUUGAUGUGGUGCGUUUUUGUUCUGGGCUCCUCGACUCAUGGCAAUGGCCAUGAUCCAUAAUCUACAGUUGGAUUCAUCAUGUUUGCGACCGUAUCCCUUAUUGGCCGCCUACCUCAAAUGUCUUUCUUGAAAUGGACAUUUUCACUUUUUUUCAAUAGCGAUUUCCACAGAUCAUGGGGAUUCACUGCCAUUUUACAUCAGUGGUGUGAUCAAGCAAUUGUUAGUUUGCAACUCAGCAGGUCACUGAACUGAGUUUUACUGUGAGAAAAUAAAACCACCUCAUAACAGUUGCUGAAUUUUACAAAUAAAGUGGGAAUGAGGACUAUCAGGGAAAUCCAAUUCUGUUUCCCUUGUCAAAUAUAAUCUCCUGUGGUUGUGGCAUGUUAACAUAGUCUGUAUGGAAUUAAAAGAGGCUGCUGGCUGGGCCCUUUACAUCUGUCCUGUUUGUCUCCUCCCCAGGUUGAUGACCAAUAACUCCCCUGAAUAUCUGAUUAUAGAAUUCCUGUAGUUGGGAUUAGUGAGGAGGGGGAUCGGCUUCCUAUUUAACCUAUUGUGUAUGAACAUUAUAAGAACUAAAACCUGGGAUUUUUAAUAUGUUAAAUUUGAAUAAAUUAAACUAAACACUAAUUUAACUGA